CAGGGUCUCGGCAAGGGUGGUGCCAAACGUCACAGGAAGAUCCUUCGCGACAACAUUCAAGGUAUCACGAAACCCGCUAUCCGUCGUCUCGCGCGUCGUGGUGGUGUCAAGCGUAUCUCCGGUCUCAUCUACGAAGAAACCCGCGGUGUCCUCAAGAUCUUUUUGGAGAAUGUUAUCAGAGACUCUGUCACCUAUACUGAGCAUGCCAAACGUAAAACCGUUACGGCUCUUGACGUCGUUUAUGCACUCAAGCGCUCCGGGCGCACCCUGUAUGGUUUCGGCGCGUAG